UACUGUCACUGUCUUUCCAAUCUGGCAACCCUGGUGCUGACGCAUACAUACCCGGAAGUAAUGCCGAUAGGUUGGCUGUCAAGGCUGAACCGGCUUCUCUCGUCUCUGCACUGUCGCAGUCGAUGUUAGCGCUCCCUUCUCAACGCAUGAGACAUGCUACUGAUGGUGCUGGGAGGCCUCCUGGUGCUCUUCUGCACUGUGGACGUGUGGUACUUUCUUCGGGGGGUGCAAGUGUUGAUCCAGACCCUGUUCCAGCCGCGAAUAGGGGACGUACUGGCAGAGCAGCGAGUGGACGGCGUGGUCCUCCCGCACGACGUGGACUUCAAGGGCCAUAUGAACAACUCUCGAUACUUGCGCGAGUGUGACUUUGCCCGCUUUCACCACUACGUGCGCAACGGGCUCUUCAUUGCCCUGUGUAGAAUGGGGGCCAAGAUGGUGGUGGGGGCCUCCACCAUCCGCUACCGGCGCUCUUUAGCAUUCGGCGAGACGUUCGAGAUCCACACCAGAGUGCUGGGCUGGGACGACAAGGCUUUUUACUUGGAGCAGCGCUUCGUGUCCAAGAAGGACGGCUUCGUGUCAGCCGUGUUGCUCUGUCGGCAGAACGUGGUGCACAGCAGCCCUGAGAAGAUCGUCGAGUUUGUCUGCAAAAAGAAGAUUGAAUGUCCUCCGCUGGGCGAAGACGUGAAGCACUGGAUCAACUUUAUUUCAGCCAACAGCCGAGCGCUGAGGGCUGAGAGCGGACUGGAGCAGAAGAAAGAGCAGUGAAUGCGCUCAAAUCACCAACACUGUAGCCCCCAUUAGGUCUGAUGAUAUUACAUUCACCUCAUUACUGCUGUAUUUUUUUUUCUCCUCAUUUGUGUAUAUAUCAUACUUACGAGAUGCGAUCGUACCAUAAGAUGCGGUCAUACAGGCAUGUAGAUCUGUGUAUGUUUGAAAAAGGACAAUGUUGGAUUUUAUAUUUUUUUUAUGUUAGUUUGACAAUACUUGAUAAAAAAAAUGUGCACAAAAGCAGCUUUCUUGUGUUAUCUCAAAGGGAUAAACAUUUUUGUUGUUGUCAAUUUAUUUAUCUCGAUAACGGCGAGAGAAGUCAAAGCCAUUUAACCGGGAGGGAAGAUUUGACUUAUAUUGUCGUCAGUUGCAGCCAAUGAGUUAAGGCUGAUUUGAGUGAAGGGGUUUGUAUAAUAUAAUGUUGCGGGCAACUUUGUGAAACAAUAAAUGAUAGAUAUGAAUGAUUUUGAAACCUUGCAUUUAAUUAUGACCAAAUUAAUGUAUUUUUUGGGGGGGAUUUGAUGUAUGGGUUUGAUGUAAUGUUAUCAAUGCACUUAUUGAAUGGUGGUCCAGGCAUGGGAGGUUAGUUGUCAUUACACUGGUAGGCUUCUUUUAAAUUAUUUAUGGAAUGAAUCAUGUACAGCAAUAGGUUGUAUUUAAUACCAUUAGAAAUAGAAUGCACCUUCAAUCCGUGAAUGGUCGACAUUUUUAUGUAUUGUUUUGGCAACUGUCACUCAACCACUUUCCAGCUAUAGAUAUGACAUAUAUAUAUGUAUAUAUAUAGAACUAGAUGCGAAAUGCGCGCUAUGAGCCAACCGGGCAGCCGCCAUCACUUGUUGGAGAUUUUGUGUCAGUGGUAUUCAAUAAACACAACUUUAACUUUGAAAUUAUUUUAAAACGGCUUGGUUUUUUAUUAAUGUCGAAUGCAGUAAAUUCAUUGCAUACCUAUAUGUAAAUACAGAACCCCACCCCUGCCCUCUCCAAAAAAAAAAAAAUCAAUCUCACAUUCUCUGCAGCAGCUUCUGCU